UCUUUGAAGUGUCGUGAGGGAAUUACGUAGUUCAGUUGACUAGUUGAGCGUGAUGUCUGCUAGUGCAGUGUAGAGCUAUACAAAUUACUGUAUGUUGCAAACGGAUCUGUUAUUGCGUACUGAAAAGUGUCACAUCGUUUAAUGUAAUUUGAGAAGCAAUGAGAUUGAAUCGGCUCCUUCUGUCAAGGAAGUACUGCCUAUUUGGGAGUCGUUCUUCGUUCGAAGUACUGCUGGGUCAUCGGACGAAGUAUACGUUGCCGGAAAAAAUUAAGAAAAAACUUGCCAGUGGCCCUGGGUUAGAAGAAUUUUUGCAAGAACCUGAGAGGGACUGGAGCAAUUACGAUGGAAAAUUGAAACGCGAGAAAGGUGAAUCUGAACGAUUAAGAUUGCCACCAUGGUUGAAAACUAACAUUCCAACCGGCAAAAAUUUUAGUAAGAUAAAAGACCAAUUACGUCAAUUGAAUUUACAUACAGUAUGUGAAGAAGCAAGAUGUCCCAACAUAGGGGAAUGCUGGGGCGGUGGUACACAUGGAACCGCUACAGCGACAAUAAUGUUGUUGGGUGAUACCUGCACACGAGGCUGUAGAUUUUGCUCAGUGAAAACAUCAAGAACACCUCCACCACCAGAUCCAAAUGAACCAUUACAUACUGCUACAGCUAUUGCAUCAUGGGGAUUGGAUUAUGUGGUUCUAACUUCAGUUGACAGGGAUGAUCUCCCAGAUGGUGGUUCCUACCAUUUUGCCACGACUGUGAUGGAAUUAAAAAAGCAGAAUCCAGAGAUAAUGGUUGAAUGUCUAGUACCAGAUUUCCGUGGUGACCUCAAUGCUGUGAAAACAAUUGUGGAGUCAGGCCUGGAUGUUUUCGCUCAUAACAUAGAGACUGUGGAAGCACUUACUCCAUUUGUUAGAGAUCGCCGAGCACGUUAUCAGCAGUCAUUAACUGUGCUCAAGGGAGCCAAAGAAAUAAAACAAGAUCUGAUUACUAAAUCAUCUAUAAUGUUGGGCCUUGGGGAAACUGAUGAGGAAAUUCGUAAAACACUUGAAGAUUUGCGAGCAAUGGGAGUUGACUGUGUCACUCUUGGUCAAUAUAUGCAGCCAACAAAACGUCACCUAAAAGUAGUGGAGUAUGUUCAUCCUGAAAAAUUUAAACACUGGGAGAGGGUGGGAAAUGAGAUGGGGUUCUUGUACACUGCGAGUGGUCCACUAGUUCGCAGUUCGUACAAGGCAGGAGAGUUUUUUAUCAGCAGCAUUAUUAAGAAGAGGAAAGCACACAGUGCAUAGAAAUUUACUUGUUAUGUGAACACUUGCAAUUAUUGUAAGGCAGAUGUUUGACAUUAAAGUGUUUAUGUGGUCCUUCA